AUGAUAGUCCUGGAAAGGGUGUCAGAGGCAGUAUACAGAACUGUGCAAAACGCCCCAGGAGCACAAGGACAUCCUAAGAUCAGGAUGUCUCAGAAGAUGUGGGUCGGGCUGAUGCUGAUGGCAGCAAUGGCAGUGGCUCUGGAGGGGAAGAAGAUGCCACCAGGCAUAGUGAUAAGGAUCUCCCAGAAAGGCCUAGACCAUGUUUCAAAGCAAGGAACAGAGUUACUACAGAAGGAGCUGCUGAAGAUCUCUUUGCCAAUUCAAAUGGGGCUAGGGGAUUAUGAAUUCAUCAGAAUGAUGAUCAGCAAGUUUAUGUUGCAAAAAUCCCAUAUUAGUGUGGUUUCUAAAGGCUUUGUUUUGUCCAUGACCAAUGGCUCAAUCAUCAUUAAUGGAAAAUGGACCAACCAGAAGGCCAAAAAUAAUCAUAUCCCUUUUGACCUGAAACUGGAUGAUGUUGUCAUCAGAACUGUCUUUAAUCUGGGAAAGAACAAUAAUAACCAGAUUUCUAUUUCUGUCUCGUCAUGCAUCAUCCACAUUGGCAGCGUUCAUACAUUCACCUCAACCAACCAAAGGGAAUGUAAGUUGCUUGCCAUUGCCAUAGGCUUACAGCUAUUUGCAUUAGAGGGGAGCUUGCAGAUCUGUAGUAUGAUAAGAACCUCGACAACCUCGUACGUGGAACCCUACCUCCACACUAUGCCAGUGAAAGUCAACUUGGAUGGAAUCGCUGGAAUCGAUUAUUCCCUAAUACAGCCUCCAAAAUCCAAGGGCCACCACCUGGACAUUCCUUUGAAGGGCCAGUUUUUCAGCUUGACUCAUCAUACCCCAUUCCCCUUUUCUCCUUCUGCUGUGACUUUCCGUAGCAGCCAACUACAGAUGGUCUAUUUCGGAGUCUCACAUUCCUUCUUCGACUCAGCCAUACAUGUUUACAAAAAUGCUGGAAUCAAAUCCCUCCAAACGAAUAGUUCCAUGGUUCCAAAGGACUCCAAAUACAUUUUGUCGACCGACUACUAUGGAAUUCUGAUCCCUCAGCUGUCCAAGAACUUCCCUAGUAUGGCAAUGACAAUCGUCGUCGACUUUCCCUCCUCUGUACCAACCAUCUUCGUUGACUCUAGAACGAAAUUGAGCCUCAUGUCUUCACUUUCAACCCAUGUCUUUGCGGUUUUCUCCAACUCUUCUCAGACCCCACUCUUUAGGCUGAAACUGGUAUCCCUGCUACAGGACCCUUUUACUUAUUACAUGUCCAAAAUUUGGCUCCCUAUAAUUAAUGGGAGAUUGGAACAAGGUUAUCCUUUACCUGUACCGGCUAACCUUCACUUCUCCGACUAUAUCGUAUAUCCUCAUAAGCAUUUCCUGGUGUUUGGGACAGAUUUUAUCUAUUCUUGA